CACCUUUUCCCAAGUCUUUCACUAUUCCGCCGUCCCAGACGUUUUUUUCUUUUCUGCAAUCUUCGCACUAUCGGGGAGGUGGUGAAGAACGGAACCCUCACGAUGUUUUACCCCCGUCGCAGGUCGCCGAACCGCGCAAGUCAACCAGCUUUUAUCAUCGUGCUUUUCGGGUUCCUCUCUUACCUCGCUUCCGUCCACGCAUAUUUCAUCAUCAAUCAACCUGGCGCGUCGACCUCAUGGGCUGUUGGCUCACCGUAUCCCGUUACAUGGACAAAGGGUCUCCAGGAUGGAGUAGACACAUUCGACGUAGAGCUCAUGCGACUGUACGAGGAUGGCCUUUACCUGGUGGCCAAGAGCGUGCCUACUACGUAUUCUACACUCAACAUCCUACUUCAGGACGUCCCUGCUGGCGACGACUACUUCCUACUCUGUCUUAACUCCACCGAUGGAGUGACAUUUGGGAUUUCCUCCCGCUUCACCGUUUCCAACUCUUCGUCAUCUUCUAACCCAAGUCCGGAUCCCUCGGUUCCGACGGUCACCGUCUCCGGCACACCAGAUCCUCUCAAAGUAUUUGCGACAACACUGGGGCCUGCAUCCAACGGUGCCCAUGGACUUCUUUGUGGAAAUGAACCAGGCAUCUGGGGUGUGCUCGUCAUGAUGGGUGCAGCUGUUCUUAGCGGAGUCUGGACGUUGUGGUAAUGAUCUUGACGGCGGUUUCCAUUAACCUUGACUCACUCGUACUGUGGCGCUGUGCUCCUGGACAUUCUACACUGAUAAUAGGUAUCUCUGACUGACGUUUUGCUGUCUGUCGUUACAGCCACAUUUACAUAUACUAUCUCUACUUGUAGGUUAGUGACAGUUCACCACGCAACAAGCUUGGAUUUGUUUGUACUCAUUCCCUGGGAGAUUGUGCUGACAUCGAGUUUUGUCCCUGAGAGUGUACAGUACUUGCAUAGCAACAGACCUUCACCAGUAGUAUUUGUGCCAUGGCAGACAUUUUUGCUAAC